UUCACAAGAAACGACGCUGUUUCAUCUUUAAGAACCCUUAAAUAUCAGUUUUUUGCCCGUUGCAUUUGAACCGCCAAAAGAAAAACCCAAUUAUUUUCGCCAUCUGGUUUUCCUUCUAAACCCUAGAAAAGAGAGCAAGUGGAGUUAGUUAGUGAGGGAUACAGAUUUGAGUUUGUUAAUCAAUAGGUAGUGAAGAACAGUAAGGAAAUAAUGGCCUCAAUUUCCAUGUAAUGCUCCCAAUAAGGUUUCCAUUUGCUCCAUACAAAUAUCAAAUUCAGGCCUUGGGGUUUUGAAAUUUGAUAUUUAAUGGUUACAGGUUUGUUGUUUGGUUGUUUUGGUGUGUUCUCUUCACUUACUGAUAGUGGCGGUGGAUAAAAUACAAAGGCCAGAGUAAGUUGCAGGUGGAUGUGGAGAUCAGUUAAGACCUAGGUAGCACGGACACGGAUACGGGAAACGGGACACUUGGACACGGCGAAACAGUAUAAUUUUCCUAUAUAAAAAAAUGAAGUUUCGUGUCCGAAACGUCAAGUGUCCGAAACGUUUCCGAAACGGAAAACGUUGAUUGAAUGAAGUGUCCGUGCUACCUAGGGUAAGACCCGCCAGCCAGAUGAGCUUGGAGGAGAUGGUGGAGUCAUGUGGUGGUGGAGCUGGAGGCGAUGGAGAUGGAUGUAAUCCACAUGGCAUUGAUAAUAAUCGGAGCAUAACACAAUUCCCUUGGCCAGGUAUUUCAGAUUUAUAUGAAACCUAUCAACAUCAUUACGCGUCUAACAUCCAAGAGCAUGUACCUCAAGCUCAACUAGUCUAAAAUGUUAUGAUUCUUUAAUUCGUUAAGCUUUGGAGUUGAAAUACCGGAAUUGGCACAAUGACGGGAGAGAAUAGCAAUGACAAGGUCUGUGAGGCUAGCUCAAAUGGAAGCAAAGAAAAUGAGAAAACGGUUCCAUAUUAUAAGCUCUUUUCUUUUGCUGAUUCCAUCGAUAUGUUGCUGAUGACUGCCGGUACUAUUGGUGCUUUUGGAAACGGAAUUUCUUUGCCUCUUUUGCCGUUGCUUUUAGGACGAAUGGUCGAUUCCUUUGGAAGUAACCAAUCCAAUAAAAACAUAGUUCAUAUUAUUUCUAAGGUAUCUUUGCAAUUUGUCUACUUAGCAAUCGGAGCUGCAGCAGCAUCAUUUCUUCAGGUGACUUGCUGGAUGGUUACAGGAGAAAGACAAGCAACAAGGAUAAGAGGUUAUUAUUUGAAAACUAUACUCAGACAAGAUAUUGCUUUCUUUGAUACCGAAAUGAGUACCGGAGAGAUCAUUGGCAGAAUGUCUGGCGAUACUGUUCUUAUACAAGAUGCAAUGGGUGAGAAGGUUGGAAAAUUUCUGCAGUUAAUGGCUGCAUUUUUUGGGGGUUUUAUUAUAGCAUUUAGCAAAGGGUGGAUGCUUGCCCUUGCCUUGUCACCUGCUAUUCCUAUAAUCGUAUUAUUUGGUGCAAUUUCUUCCAUUUGCAUAUCGAAAAUGGCAGCCCGUGGACAAAAUUCGUAUGCAGAAGCAGCAACUGUAGUAGAGCAAACAAUUGGCUCAAUCAGAACUGUUGCAUCAUUUACCGGAGAAAAACGAGCCAUUAAUGAUUACAACAUGCAUCUUCAAACUGCAUAUAAAUCAGGUGUGCGAGAAGGCGUUGUAGCUGGAAUAGGCUUCGGUGCAGUUGUUCUAGUUAUUGUCAGUACCUUUGGCAUGGCUGUAUGGUUUGGUGCUAAGAUGAUCUUAGAAAAAGGAUAUACCGGAGGACAAGUGGUUAGUGUGGUACUUGUGGUGUUGACAAGCUCAAUGUCCUUAGGAAGAGCCUCUCCUUCUCUGAGGGCAUUUGCUGCCGGUCAAGCAGCAGCUUAUAAAAUGUUUGAGACUAUUAACAGGAAGUCAGAGAUAGAUGCAUAUGAUACAAAUGGAAGAGUAUUGGAUGAUAUCCAUGGAAAUAUAGAGUUGAGGGAAGUAUAUUUUAGAUAUCCAGCCAGAGCUGAUGAGGAGAUAUUGAGUGGAUUCUCUCUUUUUAUCCCAAGUGGCUCAACUGCGGCUUUGGUUGGGCAGAGUGGAAGCGGAAAAUCAACGAUAAUAAGUCUGAUAGAGAGAUUUUAUGAUCCACAAUCUGGUGGAGUUUUUAUAGAUGGCAUUAACCUCAAAGAAUUUCAACUUAAAUGGAUUAGAGAGAAAAUUGGUUUAGUCAGCCAGGAACCUGCUCUUUUUACAUGUAGUGUCAAGGAUAAUAUUGCAUAUGGGAAGGAUGGUGCAACUCUUGAAGAGAUCAGAGCUGCAGUUGAACUGGCCAAUGCUGCAAAGUUUAUCGAAAAACUUCCUCAGGGCCUUGACACCAUGGUUGGUGAGCAUGGAACACAAUUUUCUGGUGGACAAAAGCAAAGAAUUGCAAUUGCAAGAGCAAUCUUGAAGAACCCUACAAUUUUACUUUUGGAUGAAGCUACAAGUGCACUUGAUGCAGAAUCUGAGCGGAUAGUGCAACAUGCACUAGACAGGGUCAUGAAUGAUCGGACCACUGUAAUUGUUGCCCAUCGUUUGACGACUGUAAGAAAUGUUGAUACCAUUAUUGUCAUUCAUCAAGGAAAGAUUGUUGAAAAAGGCACUCAUCAGGAACUACUUGAAGAUCCUGAGGGGGAAUACUCAAAGCUUAUACGCUUACAAGAAGUAAACAAUGAAACAAAACAAGCAAUAGGUGAACUCAAUAAAUCAGAAAUUUCAAUUGAAUCAAUUAGACAAUCAUCAAGUCAAAGAAGGUUACUGCAAUGUUCCUCAAGUAGCUAUCAUGAAUCCCUAUCAUUUUCCUGCGAUUUUCCUUCAGAACACUGUGGUCAUGACUUGGAAAAGGAUCUAAAUGCAUUUCCAUUGAAAGAACAAAUUCCAGAAGUCUCAAUCUACAGCCUUGCCUAUCUUAACAAACCAGAGCUUCCAAUUCUUAUAGUUGGUACUAUUACUGCAAGUAUUAAUGGUACAAUACUGACAAUUUAUGGUGUACUAAUUUCUAAAGCAAUCAAAACAUUUUUCAAGCCGCCUCAUGAACUGAGAGAGGACUCAAAGUUCUGGGCACUAAUGUUUAUGACCCUUGGUUUGAUAAAAUUGGCGGUGCAUCCAUUGAGAUCAUACCUAUUUUCUAUUGCUGGAUCGAAGUUAGUCCAGCGGAUUCGAUCUAUUUGUUUUGAGAGGGUAGUUUAUAUGGAAAUUGGCUGGUUUGACGAUCAAGAGCAUUCAAGCGGUGCAAUUGGUGCUAGGCUCUCAGCAGAUGCAGCUGCAGUUCAAGUUUUAGUGGGUGAUGCUCUAGCUGAAUUGGUUCAAAACAUUGCAACAAUAGUAAUAGCAAUGAUCUUUGCUUUUACUGCAAAUUGGCAACUAGCAUUCGUUAUCCUGGCUAUGAUCCCAAUGAUGUGCGUCAAUACUUUCCUGCAAGUGAAAUCCUUGAAAGGGUUUAGUGCAGAUGCAAAUAAGAUUUACGAGGAAGCAAGCCAAGUUGCUAAUGAUGCGGUCAGAAGUAUCAGAACAAUUGCUUCUUUUUGUGCUGAGGAGAAAGUGAUACAACUAUAUGGAGAGAAGUGCGAAGGUCCUAAAAGAACAGGACUAAGGAUAGGACUGAUCAGUGGUGUGGGAUUUGGAGUGUCCUCCUUCUUUCUCUUUGUUUUCUAUGCAAUUAGUUUCUACGUCGGAGCUCUACUAAUUGAGGGCAACCACACAACAUUUGCAGAUGUUUUUCAGGUUUUCUUUGCAUUAACUAUGGCAGCAACAGGAAUUUCCCACUCAAGUUCCAUUGGUGUUGAUACAGCCAAAGUUAAUGCUGCUGUUGCUUCUGUAUUUAGAAUAAUACACCAAAAAUCGAUGAUUAAUCCUAGCGAUGAGUCGGGAACAAUAUUACAAAAUGUUAGAGGAGAUAUUGAGCUUCAUUGUAUAAGCUUUAAAUAUCCAUCCAGGCCAGAUAUUCAAAUUUUCCAGGACCUCAGCCUGGCUAUUCAUUCCGGCAAGACUGUUGCCUUAGUUGGAGAAAGUGGGAGCGGUAAAUCGACAGUGAUUGCAUUGCUGCAAAGAUUCUAUGAUCCAGAUUCAGGUCAUAUCACUCUCGACGGAGUCAAAAUCCAGAUGCUUCAGCUGAAAUGGUUUAGACAGCAGAUGGGACUGGUUAGCCAAGAGCCUGUCCUGUUCAACGACACAAUCCGCGCCAACAUUGCAUACGGAAAGGAAGGAAAUGUGAGCGAGGCAGAAAUUAUUGCUGCAGCAGAGUUGGCCAAUGCCCACAAAUUCAUUAGUAGCUUACAACAGGGUUAUGAAACAAUGGUAGGGGAGCGAGGAAUUCAACUGUCUGGAGGACAGAAGCAAAGGGUAGCCAUAGCUCGAGCCAUAGUGAAGUGUCCGAAGAUAUUACUGCUAGAUGAGGCAACGAGUGCAUUAGAUGUCGAGUCUGAAAGAGUGGUUCAAGAUGCAUUGGACAGAAUCGUUGUGAAUAGGACUACAGUUGUCGUCGCUCAUCGAUUAUCGACAAUCAAGAAUGCAGAUGUUAUUGCAGUGCUUAGCAAUGGAUUUAUAGUAGAGAAAGGAAGUCACGAGGAACUAAUCAACAACAGAGAUGGUUUCUAUGCAUCCUUAGUUGCUCUUCACAUGACUGCUAAAACAUAACCUUACAAUUAGUACAGAAAAUAAUGUCGGGGAGAGCGAAUUUGAAGGAGGGAAAUUGUAAUCGAUAAAUUUCUCAUAAUUUUUUUGUCUUUUUUCAAAGAAAUUUGAGUCUCAAAUUCAUUCCGACCAUGACCGCACAGACCCGCUUGUGAGUGGCUCCGCCAUUGCUUACAAUGUGCCGUGAGCUACACAACAGAAAACAUCUCAUUUCCUUAUGUUCAUCAUUAAAAUGAUAUGCUCAAACCUAAAUAGAUAGAUAUGGUUGUGUAGACAUUCAAAGUCGAAUUUUUCAAAAAUACUGAUGGAUCUCAAUAUUCACUAAUUGAUUCAAAUAUUUGAUUUUCAUUUUG